GCCUAUGACUCUCUUAUAUCUUACUUACAAGAAUUCAAACUUGACAAUUCAUCAGCUUCUACUAACAGUGACUACCAAAUAUUAACAUCAACAUGGACAUUUCCAUUUGCUAUGACCAAGGUCAAACAUAAAAGCAAAAGCAAACGAC